UGAAAAAUAUGAUUAAUAGGGAUUCGUGGAUUUGAAAGGUAUAUUUUUAUUGUGUGUUCAACAUAACAAAGGGCUAUUUUAACAAAUCUUUAUACAUUAACAUUGUUAGCAUAUAAAGGUUAAUAUUUCAUAAAUCAAAUUCAAAUUUUGUUUCGAUCCAGACGCCAGCAUGAACGACGCGCUUGUUAACAUUUUAUUGCGACAAGAAAUUUUAAAUGAAAACUGUAAAAAUAUUGAACAACUAUCAAGAGGUAUCGCUAAUAUAGCGGAUAAUAGUUUUAAAUGUCACUACACAACGCUUAUCUUAAUAAACUCUGCAAUGAUUUGUGGGGUCAGUGCAUUCAUGAACUCCUAUCCGAAGACAAUGGUUGUUUUAAGUAACGUCACCAAACCAAUCUGGAGGAAAUCGAAACAAUUUAUUUUGUUUGGUUACAAUUUGGAGAACAUAACAUAUUUAUUGCGAUGGCUACAGAAAUACAAUUACGAUAACACAGGCAACUUUAUUAUAAUCUGCCAAUCCAGUCAGACAGACGAAUGCGAUGAGAGAGAAGCCGUCAAAAUUCUAUGGACUCAUAAAAUUGUGAACGUAAUUUUUGUCAAUUUAACAGACAAUGGAACUGGAUAUACUUACGACAUUGAUUCAUUUUGUGAAAAUGGACCACCAAUCAAAGUAAAAAAUUGGGAUCAUUGCCUUAAAUUCGGUAUGAAAUGUACUAUGCAGUUUCCUUUGAAGCUUAAAAACUUAUAUGGCUGUCCGAUCACAGUUUCAACAUUUUUCCAACCCCCUUACAUGCAGCUAACUGAUGGACUACCAUCGGGAGCUGAUGGAGACCUGCUGCUUAUUUUGGCGAAAUCUCUAAAUGCCAGUCUCACAAUAAGAACCCCAUGGAUAGGUGACGGAUGGGGCAAUCGCGAAAAAAAUGGAAAUUGGGUUGGAUCUCUUGGCGAUCUAUACUAUAAUUUGGCGAAUUUCUCGAUGACCUCCGCAAGCAUUACUGAAACGCGAAGCGAAGAUUUCCAAAUGUCAAAAUUUUACCGUAAUCUUAAAUUAGUGUGGGUGACUCAUCCAAAAAUAAAAGAGGCUUCAACUUAUAAAUUAAUGCGGCCCUUUAAACCAAGUUCAAGAGCAGCUCUGUUCAUAUCUUUUAUAAUAUUCAUUUUAGUUUUUAUGGUUUGUAGAACUAAAAACGUUAAAGCUAUGUUUAAAACGGUGAAAAUUUUAAGCGCGCCGACGAAAAGUCUCUUUUAUUAUUUUCAAAUUUGUCUCGGUCAACCUGUAGCUGUUCAGACAAAGAAAACGCGAAUUUUGUCAUUCUUAUUAAUUUGGAUCUUCUACUGUUUCCUUAUUAGAACAUUUUAUCAGGUGCAUCUGAUAAACUCUCUGAAAACCGAUGUUUAUUUGACGAAUUUUGUUUCCAUACAUGACGCAAUACGAGACAAAUAUAAUUUUGGUGGAGGUCUGGCUCUAAAAGAUUAUUACAUUGACGAGCAAGUUAUUUACAAUAAUUGGGAAGGUGUAAAUAGUAGUGAUUAUUAUGAUAUAAUGAAUAAUUUGACAGAAGGUAAAAAAUUUGUCUUAGCAAUGAAUCUGGCCACAGCAAAACAUUAUCUUAAGCAGCCAGGCAAAAAGUUGCAUGUCUUGCCACAAAGAAUCGUUACCUCACCAACUGCAAUAUUUUUUAAUAAAUUCUCACCUCUAGUUCGUCCUAUAAAUAAAAUAUUGGAUCGUUUAAUCGAAUGUGGCAUACUGGGCAUGCUGUUUCAAAAUGCUACCACUUCAAGAUAUAUUUAUAAAAAAAAAUGA